CUCUCGUCCGCAGCCAGAAGCCGGUGGCAGAUGGGCUCAUACCUGACCAUCGUUUUCUUAGCACGCGAAGAAGCCGCGUGCUGCUCCUUGUUGCUGGUCGUUGACUGGUCGCAAGAUCAGGUACAAGCCGCCGGUGACCGACCGACAAUCCCUCUGCCCAGUCCUGACAUGUUGGACGGUCAAUGGCAGCCACCUGCCCGUUCACACGCACGCGCCUUGCCAUUGCCUACCGUGUCGGUACAGCCAACCACACAUGCAUCAUGCAUGCAAAUGCUCCAUUCCAUUCCGAUCCCCCGCUCGACCGGCUGCUCGUCGUCUUCAGUUCACUCCCAUGACCCCCAUGGACGCCUCCUCCUUCCCCAUCCUCUCCGUCUCCAUCGUCGGCAUCCUCUCCAUCGCCCUCCUCCUCCUGGCCUACUACCUUUUCCUCACCCGAUGCGGCCUCCUCUUCUCCUGGAGACACAACAGCGGCGGCCUGCAGCACCACCGCAUCGCCGUGGUGGUCCAAGAACCACCCCCCGGCCGGUUUGCUUGCAGCGGCCGCGGCCUGGAGGAAGCGGCCAUUCGCCGGAUCCCCACCUUCCGGUGGUACCCAGCAGCGCUACUGCUGCCGGAGGAGGAGGAGGCCGCCGCCAAUUGCAAGGCGGCGGCGGCGGCCGCGGCCAGCAGCAGCGAGUGCGCCGUGUGCCUGGCCGACUUCCGCCACGGCGAGCGGCUCCGCCUGCUGCCGCGCUGCCGGCACGCCUUCCACAUCGACUGCAUCGACGCGUGGCUACAGGGAGCGACAAGCUGCCCCCUCUGCAGGGCACCCGCCGCCGCCGCCCUUGAUCAUCAGCUUCAGCUCCAGCCUGCCACCACCUCCCACAACGAAAACUACCAUCUCCUGGUCCACGUCGUCCCGCGCGCCGCCACCGAAGACGACAGAGAUCCUGCAGCCGCCGCCGCCGCCGGGGCACAGCAACGACCGGCACGCAGCAGCAGGCUGUUGCCGGCGACGCGACGCUCCCUGUCCAUGGACUCCUCCACCGACAACAAUAAGUGCUUCUACCUCGCUCUCCAGAGGAUCCUACAGCAGCAGCAGCAGCAGCAUUAUUCGGGCUCGCCGGCGGCCGCAGCUGGAGAAGAAGAAGAGGACGGCAAAGCAGGUGACGCUGAUGAUGGCCGAUCGUCGAGGAGGCUGCGGCGCUCCUUCUCCUUCAGCCAGAUCAGCAGGGGAUCCCGGAGUGGGAGUGCCAUCCUCCCACUCUGACCGACCAACCAACUGACCGACGACUCAAUUGACAUUCAUUCCACGAUUCUUCAGCUUUCUUUUUCUUUCCUUCUUUUUUCACGUGUACGGUGUACCUACAAGAUACUAGUUAAAAAAAAACAGGAAACAUU